UCAUGCAAGACUAGUCUUGGGACUAUAAGAAGUCCCACAUUGGCUACAAGUUUUGCCACAGCCAUUGUUUGUUGCUUAGCUUUCUUCCAUCUCUUCUUUUGUUUCUUUGCUUUCUUCGAGACGAUUCGAAGAUGACUAUCCUCGUUGAGAAGCCUGAGGUAGUGGCCAAAGUGGAGGACCAGAAUGAAACCAGUGAUUUGGUGUUGGAUGGUGGGUUUGUGGUUUCGAAAGACGUAGCCGGCAACGAUGGGUGUGUGAAGCCCGAAGCUUUAGUGUCGAACAAUGAGUUCAUUACCCCUGAAAUCAAUGCAUUUGGCCAGACAUUCAGGGAAUACAAUGCAGAGAGUGAAAGGCAGAAAGGUGUGGAGGAAUUCUACCGGUUGAACCACAUUCACCAAACAUAUGAUUUCGUGAAGAAAAUGAGAGAGGAGUACAGAAAGCUCAAUCGAGUUGAAAUGAGCAUAUGGGAAUGCUGUGAACUCCUCAAUGAAGUUGUGGACGACAGUGAUCCCGAUUUGGACGAACCCCAAAUUGAGCACUUGUUGCAAACAGCUGAAGCAAUUCGAAAAGACUACCCUGAUGAAGACUGGCUUCACUUGACUGCUCUUAUUCAUGAUCUAGGAAAAGUGUUGCUGCUUCCGAGCUUUGGAGGCCUUCCUCAAUGGGCUGUUGUUGGAGACACACAUCCAGUUGGGUGCCCCUUUGAUGGCUCCAUUGUCCACCACAAGUACUUCAAGGACAACCCGGACUACAACAAUGCGAAGUACAACAGCAGUAAGUAUGGUAUUUACGCACAUGGGAUUGGCCUGGAGAAUGUGUUGAUGUCUUGGGGUCAUGACGACUACAUGUACUUGGUGGCCAAGGAAAAUGGCACAACUUUGCCUCAGGCCGGAUUGUUCAUUAUCCGGUAUCACUCCUUUUAUCCUUUGCACAAAUGCGGGGUGUAUAAGCACCUCAUGAACAAGGAGGAUGAAGAUAACUUGAAGUGGCUUAAAAUCUUCAACAAGUAUGAUCUCUACAGCAAGAGCAAAGUUCGACUUGAUGUUGAGAAAGUCAAGCCAUAUUACUUGUCCCUUAUUGAGAAGUACUUCCCAGCAAAGCUGAAAUGGUAA